UGACAAAGGCCCGUCCGUGUGGCUUGGUGUUUGUGCUGCGGUGUUGUUUCGGGGGUUUGUUGAAAUCCCGGACAUAGUUUGGAUUAAAGGACGUCGUUUUCAGGAGCGGCGGAGAGAUGUUCAGCUUCGAUAAGGACAAAGGGCCAGGGAGGCUGAUGAAAAAAGGAUUAACUCUCAUCUUGGUCGGCCACAUCAGCUUCAUCCUGGGAGCCAUUGUCCAUGGCAACGUUCUCCGACACAUUACCAAUCUCAGAGAGCACAUCUCUACUGAAUACACUGUAGCGAACAUCAUCUCGGUCACCUCUGGUCUGCUGAGCAUUGCCACGGGGAUCAUUGCCAUUGUGGUAUCCAGGAACCUCCAUGUGAUUAAACUGCAAAUAGGGCUCCUGAUCACUUCAUUCCUGAAUGCCUUAAUAUCAGCAGCCUGCAGCGUUGGGCUCAUCUUGACCAUCAGCAUCACUGUGGCCUACAAUGGGCAAGGUUUGAUGAGGGGUUGCAACGACACAGAGGUGCCCAUCAAUGCUCGGUCACCGAUCAGUUCCAACUGUCCGUUUGAUACAACAAGAAUCUAUGACACCACCCUGGCUCUGUGGAUCCCCUGUGCUGCGUUCUCAGCGGCCGAGGCUGGACUGUCAGUGUGGUGCUUCCUCGUUGGGCUGGCUCUCAGAGGGCUGGGACCCUGUGGGAACCGCUACAUCAAAGAGCAGUUGGAGGAAGAGGCUGCGCGCUCCCCCCACAGCCAACGGCUGAUUGUACAGCCCUCCAGUCCUGAAGAUUAACCAAAAAGAGGAAGCGGGAAGGACAAUGCUUGAUGUGAACAGAACAUAAUCACUGCGUCUCUGCACAAGCAGACAGAUUCGCCCUGCAGUUGAUUACAAUUAGAUGUGUCACUGCAGCAAAGUACGUUACUCUUUGAUUAAAAAUUCUUUCAAUGGUUCUGCUGUAUUCUGUCACACCGGUUUAUAAAACUAACCCUUGUGUUGAGCAGGUUACAGUGGAGCAUCAGUAUGAAAUGAAACCCAUCAGUCAUUCAUUGAUUAAUAGUGAGACAUGUAAAAACAUACAUUUUAGUCCAUUUAUUUCAUAUUUGACAUCUUUCUGUGGAGAUGUAGGAUUUAAGUUAAAGUUAAUGAAGUUAAAGUUGGAUGUUAAUGAUACUUUCAGUCUUACCAGUGUUCUUUGACUGUUCAGGUUCAAAUGUACUGAAUAUGUCAUGUUAGGCACGUCUUUCUAUAUGAAGAAUCCUUUGUUUCUGAAGAAAGCCUGCUACCUUUCCAGAUGAAGACUUUUAUUCUUCCUCAUGAUAGUCAUGUUUUACUUUGUACUAACUCUCAUUUUUCCAAAAUUUAUGAAUAUAUUUGAUGUUGUAUUUUUAUUAUUAUUAGUGUUAUUCAAAGUCACUCCAUUUUAUCUGCGAUGUGUUCAACAGACUAAUGUUUCCAAAAAAUCUCACUGUCAUGUGAAGUAAACUGUGUAUUACUGUUUAUUUCAAUGAAUGUUCAUCUGCUAUCUAAGCUAUGCAGAUGAUGUGUUUGGUCAGAAACCCACUAAUAAACAUUUGGCUUCUUUUUAAAUGAUAACUUUUAAUUGAAUCUUUCAAAGCUAGCUUUGGUGAGUGUUCAUAUUUAAAUGCAGUGUUACAGUAUAUGGGACAAACCAUUGGCUUGUUGAACACACCUCAAACAAAUAAAGCAAAUGUGUUAUUAUGUGAGGUUUUUGUUUCCUUUCAGACAUUUUUGCUUGUAAUUUUAAUUGUGCUUGGUUUUUCAUCUACAUUUUUAUUUGUUCAGAAAUGUUUUGAAACCCAUAAAAAGGUUCAUCAAAUGGAGCACAGAGGUCUGGUAAACUGGUUGGAGAAUAAAUCUGAAAGCAUGUUUUAUACGACUUACUGAGUUUCAUUGUUUGUUUUUUUUCAUUUGAAUUGAUUAAAUAAGAUGGACAACAGAAAGACAGAAGAUAGGCAUCUUUUUCUAACCUGUUUUAUGUGUCUGUGUUUACAGUCAUCUCUGACUGUUCAUGUACUUUAAACUGCUAAAAUUCAGUGCCAUGAGGAAUAUUGUGAGGACAUUUAGGAAAUGUACUCUGAACUGCCUAAAUAAAAACUAA